AUUUUCAGUUCAAAAAACAGUUUAGAUUUUUUUCAGUGUUCCAAAAUUUUUUAGGUUACUUUUCAGUCAUUCUGAAGAAAACUUUAUUGAAGUGCGAUGCGCGUCCUCGACUUUUUCGACGGCUCCGUGCCCAUUUGCUUGGACUAUCCAGAUAAACGCGUUUUCCGGAAAUGUUCCAGUUACAGUGAUCGAGUACCAGGCCUGAACUGGGUAGAGUUUAGCGUGUAUCAUGAAGGGAGUUUGGAGUACAUGGAGGAUCGACGCCAGGUUUUGCUGGAGGCUAUCUAUGAGGUCGUUGAUGGCGCCAAUUUCUUUCCGGUCAACUAUCAGCUCGGUGGUCGUGUGGACACUUUUCUGGCAAGGGACUGCAAGAAAGCCAUGGACAGGCUCUUUCUCCAGAAGUUGACCAUUAACCUGGGCAAAGGCAUUUCCAUCGGAAUCGGUGUUCAGAUUGGAGUGGCCCGAUACGUAACAAAUCAAAUAACACCCACGUACAUCAUUGCCGAGAAGCUGUCGGAUCUGAUCAAGCGGCUGGUAAAACGUGACGGCGUGGGUGGACUUCUCAAUCUGGACUCAUUCGGCAACCAUCCCGAAUUCAGAAAUAUCGUUGUGAGCCUGGCCAAUCCAUCCAUUUUUACGACAGUGUGCCAGAUUAUCCGCAACGACCCGGAUAGCUAUCGAGUGCGCGGAUUUAUUCUGUCCAGAAACCGGAUCAAGUGCCUCAAGCCACUAAGUCUGUUUUCGAAUAAUCCUUCGAUUGAAUUGCUGGACUUGAGUGAAAACAGAAUUGCAUCCGCGGAACGUUUUUGCACUGAAAUGGCCAACUUCCAGGCCAAGGAACUUUUGCUGGCCAAUAACCCCAUCGAAAGGAAUUCAAAAUUCCCAGAAAAUAUCAAGGCGCUCGAGAAUAACUUUACUCUGGUGAACGGGGUUCCCUUCGACAAAUUGCACAAAGCCUAUUGUCCGCUGGAUAACGACAUUGAUCUGGAGGCUGACGGUACGCGCAUUGAUGGAAACAACAUAUGGAAGUUAAUGGAGUAUAAGGACAGUAACGAUUGGCACGCCUUUUGCGUCUCAGACCCUCUACAGGAGUUCCAAAAGGAUGCACUUUUCGACUUCUUUUUCAUUAGUGUGGACGUUAAUCUAAGCGAAAUUUAUCCUUGCUACUACAAGUACAUCCGAGGUGAGCACGUCUUCCUCGUCCGUAAUUGCUUCGACCAGAUUGUCCAUCUGACCAGCUUCCGGGGUAUGAAUAUAGUGGUGCCACCGAUGAUGAACCUUGGGGAGCGUCUACUUAGUUUCUACUUGCGCAUGAAUGUGAGCGUCUUCAAGGACCACCACUUGGAGCCACACAAAUGCAUCAUGAAAGCGGUGAAAGAGAGCUAUGCUGCUCAACACCGUCUGCUUGAUCUCUCCCAGUUCCAGUCCAAUAAAAAUCUGGAGAAUGUAAUAGUGCAUAUGAGCUCUCCGAAGGUGCUGACGAGUGUACUUUUGGUUGCCUCAAAGCAGUUCAUGGAGAACUGCUCGGAGAUCCGCCUGUGUAACAACAAGAUUGUCCAGGUAAACCAAGCCAAUUUCUUGACCCGAAUGGGCAACUUACGGGCUCUGGAUCUGAGGCACAACUGGCUGCACAACCUCUCUGUGAUUCAGCCUCUUGAGGUCCUGCCCCUGAAGUCCCUUUUACUUCACGGAAAUCCCCUCUGCCGCAACUAUACAAUGGCUAGCGAGUAUGUCAGGGCAGUGAAGGAAAUUUUCCCUCAACUAACGACUCUGGAUGGAGUUGAGCUUCAGGCCAAUCCCGGCCAGACACCGCAGAAAAACUUUCUCUGCGAUAUCGGCGCUUAUGAGUUAGUGGGCGAUGUUUUCCUAAGCAAUUACCUGCGGGAGUUUGAGAAUUCGCGGGAAUCCCUUCUUAAGUAUUAUUCGGAUGACUCGAUAUUCACCAUGACCUGCAGUUACCGAAUAGUCCAAAGUCAGCGUAUUGGAGCAACUGGACAGCUCCUUCGUCGUAUGUCUCAGUACAAUUCGAACGCUCGGAAUCUUCACCAGUUGGAUAACUCGAAGGCGGCGAACUUUGUGUUUGUGGGUGGCAUGGAGAUUGUGGAGCUUAUGUUGAAGCUGCCCAAAGUCACACACGACUUCCAUUCCCUCCAGACGGAUGUAAUGCAUUACGAUGGCAAAUCAGCGAUUAUCUAUGUGACUGGGUUGUUGCGAGACGAGUCUGCAAAUAAUUUCAGAGGCGAUGAUUUGUUCCUGGCCUUCAGCAGACAGUUUGUGGUCAAACUUGAAGAGGAUGGACUGGGACUUGGUAAAAGUGGCCGGCGCCUAAAGAUAACCAAUGAGCGCUUCAAUGUCAUGAAUCCUUCCAAGAUGAUGGUUAGAAACGCCUUUAAAGUUUCGCAUUCAACGCAGGAUGAGAAUUCGAGCCACAAGAGUGACCUGGAUGUUAAGGACCAUAAAUUACUGCUCUUUCAGGAGGUAACUGGCCUGAUUUCCACCUGGUGUACAUCGAUUGUGGAGGCAGCCGAGUGGGACUUUGAGGAAGCCCUUAAGCUGUUCCUGAAAAAGAAUGAGGCUAACGAGAUUCCGGAUAUAGCCUUUGCUUAGAAAUAACCCAUAAUUACUUGC